GCCAGUCUCCUCUGGAUUAAAGCGCCCCCGUCCUCCUUCGCGCGACGGGCUUUCCCUUUACUACCUGAGCUCCCCGCUGAUUGGGUAGGCUCGCCCCGCCCCCUGCAAUGACGCACUCACUUCGUUCUUGACAGGCAGGUAGGGUUCGGGCGCCGCCAUGUUGGGAGCGGAAGCGGAGCAAGCCGCGAUAGCCCCUGCGGGACAAGUCAGAAACUGAGGUUGGGCUCGGCUGGCGGCGGCUCCUCCUUGAACUCUUCCUUCGCUGGCGGGGAGACUUGGGCUUCGUCCCGCAUUUUCUGGGCAGAGGCGGCCCCCUCCCCGCUCGAGGGGAGGAGGAGGUGGGGGUAGCUGCUGAGGAAGCGCUCUGACCCCUUCGCGCGAGUGGGUGGCGGCGUCCGGGGUGCUCGGAGUUGGGAAGGAAAGAUGCCGCUGGCGCAGCUGGCCGACCCCUGGCAGAAGAUGGCUGUGGAGAGCGCGGCGGAGAGCAGCAGCAGCAGCAACAGCAACAGCGCUGAGAAUGGCCAACAAAUUGUGGAUGAACCCAUGGGAGAGGAUGAGAUAAAUCAAACAGAAGAAGGCAACAUUAAAGAGAUUGCAAUAACAUAUCACGUCAAAGAAGGGCAUGAAAAAGCAGAUCCUUCACAGUUUGAACUCCUUAAAGUACUGGGCCAGGGAUCUUUUGGAAAGGUGUUUCUUGUAAAAAAAAUCUCAGGAUCUGAUGCCAGACAACUGUAUGCAAUGAAGGUAUUAAAAAAGGCAACGUUGAAAGUUCGAGAUCGUGUUCGGACAAAAAUGGAGCGUGACAUCUUAGUAGAAGUUAAUCAUCCCUUUAUUGUCAAGUUACAUUAUGCUUUUCAAACAGAAGGGAAGCUCUACCUUAUUUUAGAUUUUCUCAGGGGAGGGGACUUGUUCACACGCUUAUCCAAAGAGGUGAUGUUCACAGAAGAUGAUGUCAAAUUUUACUUGGCUGAAUUAGCACUUGCUUUAGAUCAUCUGCAUAGUUUGGGAAUAAUAUACAGGGACCUAAAGCCAGAAAAUAUACUACUUGAUGAAGAAGGGCAUAUUAAACUGACAGAUUUUGGCUUAAGCAAGGAGUCUAUUGAUCAUGAGAAAAAAGCAUACUCCUUCUGUGGAACAGUGGAAUAUAUGGCACCAGAAGUAGUUAAUCGGCGAGGCCAUACACAGAGUGCAGACUGGUGGUCGUUUGGUGUGUUAAUGUUUGAAAUGCUCACUGGUACUCUACCUUUCCAAGGGAAAGACAGAAAAGAAACAAUGACUAUGAUUCUCAAAGCCAAACUUGGAAUGCCCCAGUUUUUAAGUCCAGAAGCUCAGAGUCUUCUACGAAUGCUUUUCAAACGAAACCCUGCAAACAGAUUAGGAGCAGGUCCGGAUGGAGUUGAAGAAAUUAAGAGGCAUCAUUUUUUUUCCACAAUAGAUUGGAAUAAAUUGUACAGAAGAGAAAUUAAUCCACCUUUUAAACCUGCAACUGGUAGACCUGAAGAUACAUUUUAUUUUGAUCCUGAAUUUACAGCAAAAACUCCAAGAGAUUCACCUGGCAUUCCUCCCAGUGCUAAUGCUCACCAACUUUUCCGAGGCUUCAGUUUUGUGGCAAUUGCAUCAGAAGAUGAAAGUCAAGCAAUGCAGACAUCUGGUGUGCACUCAAUUGUUCAGCAGUUGCACAGGAACAGUAUUCAGUUUACUGAUGGAUAUGAAGUCAAACAAGACAUAGGCGUUGGCUCCUAUUCCGUAUGCAAAAGAUGUAUUCAUAAAGCAACAAAUAUGGAAUAUGCAGUAAAGAUUAUAGACAAGAGUAAAAGGGACCCCACUGAGGAGAUAGAAAUCCUGUUGCGAUAUGGACAGCAUCCAAAUAUUAUUACUCUUAAAGAUGUUUAUGAUGAUGGGAAAUACGUCUACCUAGUAACAGAACUAAUGAAAGGAGGAGAACUGUUGGAUAAAAUCCUUAGACAAAAAUUUUUUUCUGAAAGAGAAGCCAGUGCUGUCCUGUUGACAAUAACAAAAACUGUUGACUACCUCCAUGCACAAGGAGUAGUACAUAGAGACCUGAAACCUAGCAAUAUCCUUUAUGUUGAUGAAUCAGGCAAUCCAGAAUCAAUACGAAUUUGUGAUUUUGGCUUUGCAAAGCAGCUGAGAGCAGAAAAUGGCCUUCUCAUGACUCCGUGUUACACAGCAAACUUUGUGGCUCCUGAGGUUUUAAAAAGACAAGGCUAUGAUGCAGCAUGUGACAUAUGGAGUCUUGGGGUUCUGCUUUAUACAAUGCUUACAGGCUACACCCCCUUUGCAAAUGGUCCUGAUGAUACCCCAGAGGAAAUUUUGGCACGAAUAGGCAGUGGAAAGUUCUCUCUCAGUGGUGGAUACUGGAAUUCAGUUUCAGAUACAGCAAAGGAUUUGGUUUCAAAAAUGCUUCAUGUUGACCCUCAUCAGAGACUGACAGCUGCCCAAGUUCUAAAGCAUCCAUGGAUUGUUCACUGUGACCAGUUGCCUCAGUUCCAGCUAAACCGCCAAGAUGCUCCACAUCUUGUUAAGGGCGCCAUGGCUGCUACAUACUCUGCAUUGAACCGGAAUCAAUCACCUGUUUUAGAGCCAGUAGGCCGCUCGACGCUUGCUCAGCGAAGAGGUGUCAAAAAAAUUACCUCAACUGCCCUGUGAAGUUACCUCAGUUGAAAAGUUUGGUACCAUAGUAAAAGAUGAUAGCACAAAUCAUAGCAACAGGUAGCACACAUCCAAGAUACCUGCAAGCACACUGUUCCAGCUGGUACCUGUUAUGCUGCUGUUUCCUGCUUUCAUCUACUCUUGCUUUAAACUGUUGAUGGUAAAAAGAAAUGCCCUUCAGAUGGAAUGUAAAGUGGAAUCAAUGGAAAAUGAACAUGUCUGUGAGACAAAAAGAAUCAUGAACACUUCUCACAUAAAUACACUGAAUAAAGCACUCUGCACCAUAUAGCAUUAUUUUUAUAGGGAAUGUUUCUGGUCCCUUUAAAAUAUUCUUUGUUACAUGUGCGGAUGGACUGUUUAUGUUAAGCACUUAGCUUAAACAAUCUGUUUAUAUUAGCACUGUAUUAUUUGUGCCAUCCAGCAUUUUAUAUGUUUUUGUAAACUUAUCAUAAACAGUACAUUUCUAUACUGUUUCUUUUACUUGCCUUCUAUUUAGAUUAAUUAAAGAACAAUUAAACCUGAUUAAACAGUUAAUCAGUAUGGUUAGACAUCUCUAAAGCAGCUAGACUGUUAAACAGCUACUGAAUGUAAUUUUCUGAAUGUUUCCCUUGCCUGUGUCUCUCCCCUCAGAUACAUUAUUAGUAAUCAUGAAAACCUAGAGCUGUUAUAGCAUUUUAAAGAUGUAAUAGGAUUCUAUCAGAUGUGCACCCAGCAUGGAACUAAAGUGAAAAGGAUCUGUCUCUCUCUAGUUCCAGAAUACGUUUAUUUCAGUUGAGGUUUUGCCUAUAGCUGGUCAUUCUUUACCUUUGCUGCUUUAAAAGGGAGGCAUAAUUCUUGUGUGCUGAACAGCAGUGAAGGGAAAUGUCAUUUUUAAAGCUACAGUGGUGCACGGUCCAAUAAUGAGUAUGCUAGAGGAUUUUUUCCUGCGGUCAAAAAAUCACUAAAAGCAGAUCUGUUGUACUUGGGCUUCUUUCAAGCUGUAAUCCAAAUAGCACAAAUGUGCCCACAAUCUUUGUGGCCAGUUCUGAGCUUUGACAGACUAUUAGCAACCUUAUUGUUGAUGGUAUAUAAGAAGGAUCCAAGCAAAGUAAGACAGCAACACCAUCUUCAGUUUUAUCUUCUUACUUUGUUUAAAAAAACAGCACUAUAUGUUCAACUUUUUAGCAGUCCCAAUAUCUUGGGUAUACUUUCUGGGAAACACUGACGUCACAUUGAGCAAAAUGUGCAGUGUACAGAAGAGCAGUAUAGUUGCAGUGCAUCAUCCUAAUAGUCUACCAAAGAAUUUUUGAUUUAUGUAAAUAAUACUUGCCAGCUGUGUUUUGUCAAUGUAAUCACCAUUAAGCAUGUUAAAGAAAAUGGCAGCAAAGAAAAAUGUGGCAUUCUUGAUUCUGGUGCAAAUGCUCACUGUCCUUCUGAUCCUAGAGUCCAAUGAUUUCUCUUAUUCUUCCUCUUCAGAUUUAUCUGUAGAAAACCACUUCAUCUUACAUGCUUUCGCCUUAACAUGAUCAUGUGAUUCCUUGUUCUAUUCCAUCAGCUUUAUGCUAGCAUUUUUUUUUCUUUUGGGUGAUAAAAAAUUAUAGAGCGUUUAGUUAGAAUUGGUUCUUUAAAAAAAAUCGAGAGCUGAUAGGGUUUUUUUUGCAUCUGAAUAGUUUGCAGUAGUAUUUGUCAUUCAUUUCCCUUCUUUCCUGAACAUAUUUCCCUUUAAUUAUGCAACCCAAGAGCCUUUAAUUUAUUAUCUUAUUAUUUGCUGAAUUUUAGUCUUUAGAAAGCCAUUUUUUAAACUUUUGCUAUGCAUGGUAACUUUUUAAAACCAUCUGUUCUCCAAUAUUGUUUUCAGCCUUCAUUGCAAUGAUAAAUACAAAACUCCUAGUCCCCUAACUCACCUGGAUGUUAAAAUGUCAAAGGACAGCUUAUUUUAAUUUUUCUGAACGCUUCAUAUUAAGUUGUGGAAGGAUUUAGCUGAUAUCUGAGAGGUUAUAAUGUCCAUUAUUUGUUCGUGUUAGUUUUUAGUAUUCUGUGUGAAGAAUGAGCCAUCUGCAUAUUCUUGGUUGCAGUUUCUAUUAGUAGUCAACAAAAUGAUCACCCUGUUCAUCUCCUUAAUUUUUACCUAUGUUUUAUUUGCUGCUAUUACCUAUUUGGUCCUUGAUGUUUCAUCCCCAGCAUAUUAUAAGCCUAUCAGCACCACUUGCCUCUAAAGCACAUGAUGCAAUUCACAGUUAAAUAAGCAGCAUUUGUAAUGUGUAUCUGACGUCUGAACGGACACAUGGGGGCGGGGGUGCAGUAUGCAUUGUUUUGGUGGAACUUUGUUUUCCUAACAAUUUCAAAUGGAUGUGAAAGGUUAGCCAUACUGAAGGUUGUUAUACACAGGCUAUUUGAAGUUGAGAAAUACGGCCAGAGCAUCUUAAAAUUGACAAGGAUGCUAAAAUGUUUGCAGCUAUCUGGGAAGAUCCAGGGAGUUGGUAAGUUCUCUAAAGUUCAUUCUGGAACAAAGUAAGAUUGACCAGAAGCUACAAGGCUUCUUCCCUUAUUACUAAACAAUAUGCAAAAAGUGGUCUGUACACAGACACAUCUUAUCCAAUGUCUUGGGAAAUUUUAACAGACGUCAUGCGACAUCUUCCUUAGCAUUUCAUAAUCCCCAAGGAAACAGUUCUAGUCAAUAGAGCAGUUCAAAAACUCAUCUGAGGAUUGGUUUUUCCCAAGGGAUUUUAUCCAGUAUUUAAAGGUGUUAGCCCUUUCAUUAAUAAACAUUCUUCCUCUAUAGUUCUUUCUAUAAGACUCUUAAGAAAGAAAGACAAGUUUGAAAUAGUUAACAGUUACACACAGUUGGAUUCAAGCUUAUCUGUUCUUUCACAUUCUUUGCUCAGGUUUUGCGAGAACAAGUUUCUAGUCUAGGGUUAAUUUGUUUUAGUUCUCUUCUUUGAAUGAAAACUUGACCUGACUACAAAAGGAUGUGAAUUCUUUUAAGGCCAGUAUUCCUAGAUGUGCUUUUGUAGUUUCUUUUUUCCCAUUGUCCUUACAGAGAUGUAAGCGCUCCUUCCACUUCCUGAACUCUGAUUUAUAAUAAUUUAGCUGCUUGGUCAGCAUCUGUAGUAACAAUCUUGAUUUGUUUCAAACAAAAUGUAUCUGACUUUAUAACGGAUUGUAUUGUGGUUUCUUCUCCUGUGCAUUCACAUGCUAAUAUGAGAGGAAGACAUUUUCAAGAUUUCAGUGAGUGUCAUUCAGAAAGUAUCAAACUCAUGGGACAAAUAGGAUCCUUCAAAAGUUUUUAGAGAUGAAAAUGACUUGAGAUAGCUACAGUGCUUUUAAUGGCUCAGAUUUUGUUUCUGAUCACUGCUGGCAGUGAUCAAACAGCAACGUUUUCUUUCUCUUUAAAUAAAACUCUUUAAAUGCUACAAUUCUACAACCUUAAAACUAAAUAAAAUAUAUUUAAACCCAAGAAUUCACCAGUUCAAUUGGCUUCAGUUAUGCAUGGGUGUGUUCAUACCAGCCCGUUAUAAUGCUAUAAAUUAACUGUGACAUCAGGCAGUAUUUACGCUUCAUCUUUUAAAAACUUAUUUUUAAAAAGACACUAAUGUUUUAUCCUUUCAUCCCCAUCACUUGAUGGCAGCGUUUUCAACAUUACUUUAUCUUCAAGGACUAUAAAACAUAACUCUCUAUUAAAAAGAGAGAGCUAUGAUUACUUCACAUGUGAGAGGAACAAGCAACCACACUUAUGGUCUCUUCUAUUUUUCUCCUCCUGUGUCCUGAAAUAUUAAUAUCAACAGUGCAUAUUGUAAUCCAGCCAAAAGAUUUAAAAAUCACAUAGUACAUUUCUUACCUCUUGUGAACUAGUGAAUUUAGAUAAAUACUAGGAAGAUUGGUUACAAAACAACUCGGGGGUGUUUAUGACAGCUGGAGCAGCCAUUAUAUUCUAAAGUUUUUUUUAAAAAAAACCUUGAGUUUACUAGAAAAAUAGCCUCCCUGUGUCUUAUUGGAUACUUCCAUGGCCAGUUCACCUUUCCUAUGUAUUCAUAACUGUGGUAGGAAAAAAACCAAUGUUUGCUUAAAUGCAGCCGUUGCACCUUAAACCACAAGACUGAAUUAUUACCACUUUAAAUUUGUGGUACUCGUGGGCCUCUUUCAUAUGAAGUGAAAUGACUGCACAUUUUCUUUCUCCUACCAUAAGUAAGAUUUCUGGAAUUGUAUUGCCAUUUGGUGGGCAUCAAGCAACAAUUCUGUCCGUUUCUGAUGUCACUCUGGUAAUAUGAAGCAACUUUCCAGGACUGAACGUAUCCUGGCAAAAUGUUAGGCAGCGCACCUUACCUCAAAUAAGAAUUGUGCUGUCCAAGAUAGAGUUGGUUUUAUGAUAUCUACGAAUAUCUUUAAUCUUAUCUUAAACAAUGAAAAGUGAGAUUAUAAAUCGAAGAAGAGUAGAUAGAAGGUUAGCAAAGUAAAAUAAAUUAUCAGUUAUGGUUUAAAUAUGAGAAUAAAAGUGAGAUUUCUUUAGUAUGCCUUGUUAGAUUAGCUGUCCACUAAAGAGUAAACAAGUGAAGUAUUUAAAACUGAUUUUAAAUACAUAAUCAGGUCAUAAGGAAAUGUAUUUAGAUUUCUGUUGUAAAUGUAGUUGCUGGACUAAAGUGCUGCUUUUCUGAUAACAGAAAAGAGAGCUUUAAGGCAUGUAAAUCCUUGGUAAGUAAUAAAUGGCUUUUAACUCAUGAAAAUGAUGUAUAUGAUUAGCUUUAUCUUGAUACUUCAGACCCAAUCAAAGGGACUGUGCACUCAUGAGGGAUGGAAUUAUUUUGCAGUUUUAGUGAAGGGGUGGGUGGGUUGGGGAAUCUACUUAAGAGAUUUUUUAAAUAUAUCAGAAAAUAUUUUUCUACAGUUCUGUACAAUCAUUGUUUAUAUUGACUUCCUCAGCACGGCAUGUCUAAGGUACAGUAACAAAGGUUCAACUAUAUUGUACCUCUAGGAUAGAAAAUGUUUUAAAAGCAUCUGUCAGAUGCUUAUAUUAGCAUAAUGGAAUGGAAAUGCUAGUAAAAAGGCUAAAUAGUACUGAAUACUUUUGACUGUUUUCAUUGAGAGAGAGAGAGAACUUUGAAUGUUUCUAAAAUAUUGUACGUGUGUUAUCAAAAGUGUUCCAGGCAUCACUGCAAACAGGGCUGGAAAGAUACCAUUGCUUGUAUCCUUGUCAAAAGGCAGGUUUUGUAGUCUUCAAAAGAAACUGAAUUUAUACAGCAAAUAAAAUUUCAAAGAUAUUACAAA